AUGGGACAAAUGUCGUACAGCUUCCGGCAAGAACUAGACGGCACCAACCUGAGUGCUGUAAAGUUGGAGAGAAUUUUGAGUCGUCGUUGGAGUAACAGGUACACUGUCGAGAUGCAGUCCAACAGACUGACAGUCUGUACACCAGGUCUUCUGUCUGACCGCGAUAUUGCCAGCUGUUAUCGAUAA